AAAGCAAACGAAAUUAGGAAAAAUUAAAAUUUUAAAAAUAUGCCUCUAAACUCUGCAAAGCUGUCUGGUUUGUUUAUAUUUACUUAGCUAACAAGUUUUGGUUCGUGUCAGUUAUUAAGAUUCUCAUAAUUUAACAUCAGUACUAAGUAAAGUAAGGGAGACACGUUUAUUAUACAUUUGAAUAAUUAUUGAAAUGGGAUUAUUUGAUAAGUUGGCAUACUUUUUGGGCAUCAAACGUCGAGAAGCCAACGUACUUAUUGUUGGAUUGGACAACAGCGGCAAAACGACGAUUAUAAAUCAUUUUAAACCCGAAGAGCAGAAAUCAAUGGAAAUCGUUCCAACUGUUGGAUUUAACGUUGAUCGUUUUCGAAUGAAAAAUUUAAGUUUCACAGCUUUUGAUAUGUCUGGGCAAGGCCGAUACAGAAACCUUUGGGAACACUAUUAUCCAGACGCACAAGGUAUAAUCUUCGUUAUUGAUAGCAGUGAUGCUCUUAGAAUGGUUGUAGCCAAAGAUGAACUAGAAAUGAUGCUGGAACACAAGGAUAUUAAAAAUAAAACCACGCCGAUUUUAUUUUUUGCAAACAAAAUGGAUCUUCGUGAGGCAUUGUCAAGUGUUAAAGUCAGCCAAGCAUUGGGACUAGAUCGCUUGAAAAAUAAACCUUGGCACAUAUGUGCUAGCAAUGCACUUACUGGUGAAGGAUUGUCAGAAGGAGUGGAAUGGCUUAGUGAUCAACUUCGCACCUUAGUUCAAAAUAAAAACUGAUUGCAUCAGUGUUAUAAUAUGUUAACUAUUUACCACACUAAUGUUAAUCAGCUUUGUUGUAAAAAACUAAAUGAUAAUGUUUCCAUCCAACUUGCCUAUAUUUUUUAAAAACACCCACAAUCAGCGCUACUUAGCAUCAAUUUUAAGAAAUAUACUAUUUAAAAUAGUUUAUUUCAGCAAUGAUGAUUAUUUAUCUUAUUUUGAUGUGAUAAAAAUAAUCAUUAUAAUGAAUUUGCGAGAUAAAAAUAACUGAUUACAUUUAUAGUUAGAGCAUGCUUUUUAUAAUUGUAGCUUAAAAUAUGUACUUAUGUUUGCAUAACUAUAAAAUGGCCUUAUUUUCUAAGAAAGUUAAGACUAUUUUAUACCUUAAGAGAUAGGCUGUACUUUGUGCUAUGUAGAAUAAAGUAAAAAAAAAAAAAAAAGCAUCAUGAAUGAAGCACAAAUGAAUGCCCAGAAAUGGACAUAUUAUAGUUUCAUUUCCAUAAACAAAAACCUUUCUCAGUGCCUAAAUACCAAAUGAAAUUAUUUUGCUUUAUUUAAUACAUAUCACAAUAAAAAAAAUAUUUUAAAAAUUCCUUGUAUUCUGAAUAAAUUAGUUUUUGGUGACAUUGUAAUUAUUUUUGUGAUGAUAUGAAAACUAAACUAUUUGAAAUUUAUUUUAUAAUUUUGAUUAAAAAUAAUUAUAAUUGUGAAAUAUAGUAGGAUUUUUUUUCCCAACUCUAUCUGCUACUUGGUCUAAGGCAAAAAAUAAUUUAUAACAUUUUUUGCCAAAUAAUCAUCAGCUUUAAAAUAUAUUUUAAUUGACAAAAUAAUAAAUUAUUUUUGUUUCAUAUUUUACCAAUUAAUGAACUUAUAACAAGAAUUCUUUAUGGUGAUAUAUUUUUUGUGACUUAUUUAUUAAGUGCUGAAAUCUUAUCUUAAAAUUAGUGUGAUUGUCCAGUUCAGGAUUUUGAGAAAUUUUUUUGAUAAGAAUAACCUAUUAUAUAUUUAUAAGUCAAUUCAUUUUAAUUAACUUAUAGUUAGAAUUCUUUGUUCUAAAUAAAUUUGAGCAUUAAACUGAUUUUUAUGAGGAUGAAAAAUACUUAAUUUUAUGAUUUAGAAUUCAUAUUAUAAUUUUAAAUGGAGUUGCUAAUAAUUGUUAUGUAUUUUCAGUGAUACUUAUUUCUUAAAAACCAAAGUAUUAUUUUCAAAUUUAUGUGAUUGUCUAGUCAUAAGAAAGUGCAAUUUUCAUGUUGUAAUCAGUUACUGUUCGGAGUAAUUAGAUUUAGUCAUUGUUGAUUUAUAGUAAAAUACUUUGUAAAAAAUAUUACUUUUUUUUUCUAUUUUCUGAGCAUUAUUUUUCUUUUAAUUGGUCAGUAAGCUUAAGUAGAAUUAAAUAUUAAAUCAGUAAAAUGUUUUAGUAAAAAUUAAGUAGCAUUUAAAUUUAUUUUAAUUUUUACCAUUUGGGUGUUGUGAUCUAUAUUUGUAUUUAUCUAUAUUCAUUUUAUAUUUAUUUUACAUAAUAUUAUUUAUUUAAUGUACUAAAAGCAAUUUAUAUAAAUCCUGUUUUGUAAAAACACAAUUUAAACUAUAUCAAAAGCAUUGUCUUUUGUUUGUGAGAUACUUAAAUAUAAAUUUAACUAACUACUAAAAAAACUUAUCACUAAAUAAAAAUGUUAUGUUCUCAUUGUUGAUGUAAUAUAGUUAUGCAUAAAUUGUUUUAUUUAUAUUAAUUUUUUCUUUUAUGGAAAAAUCUUGAUUAGAAACAUUUAUUUUUCUUUUGUUAUCAUAAUUCAUCACAAAAAUUACAAAUCAAUCCUGAUAAAUAAUAUUUUUAUUUAACUCCAAAGAAUAGUUUUUUAGUUGAAGAGAGCAGCUAAAAAAGGUUCAUUGUUGACCUGCCGACUCCCAUGCUGAUUUGAAUUAUCUUAUAGUUCAUAUUCCCAUAUUCAAGUUAAUACCUACAAAUAACAUUUCAUACUUCAUAUGAUAAAAUGAAGAAUUUUAUUUUAUCUUAAAAAUAAAGGUGCAGUUUUAUUUACUAAAUUAAUUUUGUGUUCUUUUUAUAUGUAUUGAAGAACAUUAAAUUUUCAAAUAUCUAUUAGCUAUAUUUUAAUUUGUUCUUCAUUAUGUAUUUAAUAAUGAAAGAUCCGUGGUUGUUUCUAAGUUUAGCUUGAAUUAUCUGUUACUUUAUUUAAAUCAAUUUGAGUUUCUGAUGUCUUCAGAUAAAAUAAUGAAACUUUAAUUAUCUUAAUUUAUAAAACAAUAGAAAUACUCUAAAAAAUGGUGCUAAGGGUGUGUAUAAUUUUUUUUUCAACUUUUAAGCAUAAUUUAUUUACUGUGAUCUGUUAUACUUUUUUAACUUUUUACCAAUAUAUCUUUUGGUGCAAACAGAUGGCACUGCUUUUGAAGAACACAUUUUUUUCCAAUUUACUCUUAAACAUGACAUGGUAAUUAAAAAUAUCUAUAAAUAUGUCACAAUUUCACGACAGUGUGUUUUCUGUUAUGCAGAGUUUAGAUGUUUAAAGAUUCUUCAAUUCAAAAUUGUGGGAUAUUUUUUAUUUCUUGUACUAGUAUUAAUUUCCAGUUGAAUUUCACGGUAAGAUCUCAAUUAUUUUCCAUGAGUAUUCUAUUAGGCUAAAAUUCAAGAAAAUUGGGAUAAAUGUACGAAGAAUUAUAAUUAUUUAAUAAUUAUUAUUCCCUUUAAGUUGUUCUGAAGCCAGAGUCUACCUCCCUUCUAACAGAGAAUUAUGUAAUUCUUAAUACCUUAGUCGAUUCCUUCUUAAGCACUAAUUAAUAUUUUAAAAUAGUUUUUGUUUCAUUUCAUUAAUUACAAUGUAUUUAGUGAAUCAAUUGCUAAUAUUUAUUUACGUAUUUAAUGAAUAAAAUUAACUUUAAAUACUAAUAUGUAGAAACUUAGUUAUUAUGUAUUAAUUUUUUUAAGUUUUAACUUUAUUAAAUUUUAUGAAAGUUUGCUAUUGAAUUGAAUUUACCUUAAAAUUUGGUAACUAAGUUCCAAAAAAGGCAUAUCAAUGAUUGUUGUAGAACAAAAACCAUUCCAAAAUACUCUUAGUGACUUACAGGAAAUUAUUUUUCAUGUAGCUCUCCAUUAACUAAUAUGAGAGACAGGGGAAGUAUAAUCUGACUCCAGGGCACUCUCAAACAGAUAUUGUUGUUUUAAAUAAAGUCUUAAUAUUUAAAACUACAUGUUUUUAUUAAUACAAAAAAUAAUAAUUGAAUUGAAUUUAUCAAACAAAUAUCAGAUUAUUUAAUUUUCUUUGCCACAAUACUUAGUUUUAAGUUUCAGUGUUCCAGAUAUGCAGGAUAUAUACAAACCUUGUAUGUAGAAAAUUUCCCUUUAUCCUGCAAAGUUUUUUAAUAUUACUCAUUAUAAAAAUGUAAAAAAACAGACAAAAUUUCCAUUUUCUACUCCAUUGUCAAUUUUAAAAAAUUUGGAUACAACAACGGAAAAUUAUGUCAACAACUAAUUUUAUACCCUUAAAACUCUUAUAUUUAAAGAAAUAUAUGCUGAUAUAUAUAAUAAUAGCUGUAAAAUUUAAUAAUAAUUAAUACACUUUUUAAAAAAUAGUAAUUUGGUGCAAUUUGGUAAAUUUGGUGCAAACAGAAAGGUUGAAACUACUUACUAAACACAAUAAAUUGCUUGCAGAAUGUUUAUUAAUUCAGAUUAUGUGUUAACAGCAAGUUUUUAAUUUUAUUAAGUCUGGAGUGUUCAUUUUAAAAAUAUUUUUCAUAUUAGUGCUUUAUUUAAAUAUUAUAUGUUAUGUGUGUUUAUAUGCAUCCACAUACUAGUCAUAGUGUAUUUGUAACAUUGUUAUUUUAUAUUUUGGUAUAUUUUUAUAUAACAAGGUAUUGCACACUUGCUAAAUCUUUAACUCUAGUAUUUUAUACACCUUGUUAGCUUUCAGUGGAAUUCUUUUUUUGCUUCGUGUGCACACACAAUAUGCAGAUCUAAUAUAUUCAUAUUGAAUGCAACAUAUCCAAAAAAAAUUUAUUAAAAAAUUAUAUUAUUUACCUAAAUGUAAUUUUGAAAAGUUCAAUUUCUUAAAAGUGUGACACUUAAAAAGAUUUUAGUUACAGGAUUUAUCAUACAUUUGUAUAAUGUAUAAUAAUUGAACUGUUUUAUAUAUUUAUUUACUUAAAACUUUAAAAGCAUCAAUUUUACAUUAUUGACAAAAAAAUGUAUUUAAUCAUGGAAAUAAAUUCUGUGCUGUUUUUAGUUUAACAAAUCAAAAUUGACACAUACAUACGUCUAAAACUGUCUUCAUGUAAACUUAAUAAUUUUUUUACAUUUUGAGAUAUAUUUUGUAAAAUGUAUAGCAUCAAUCCGUCCAUUGUUCUGAAAUUUCUCUGCAAAAAUUGAAUAUUUUGCAUUGAUGUUAAAUAAUAUAUUUCAUAAAAACAUAAAUUGCUUUUAUGGUAGAUGGUUUAACACUAUACUUAUGUGAUUAUGUAAAAGAAAAGAGGGCCAAUAGACUAUCCCACGAAUAUAAAACUUGUUGGUUUAACUAGAAUUUUAUUUUCCUUAACCUUUUCAUAAAAUGUGAUAUGAAAAUCAAAGCUUUACUCGUACAUAAAAUUUGUAUGAAAAGUUAUUGAUCACUCUUUGUGUUUGCAUUAUGUUUAUUUUCUGUUUUCUCAUAGAAUUAUACUAUUUGUUUUAUUUAAAUGCAUACAUCUAUUAUAUUUUAGAUACUUUUGUUGAUCAUAAACUUGUUGGCAAGGAACAUAGAUUUCUUAACACUUAUAUUACAAAUUUUAUUUCUCAUAACUUUUAUUAAAAUAAGUACUAAUCUUUUAAUUAUUAAUUUUGGCUUGCCUUCAUUAUGUAUUACUUAAAAAAAGGUUUUAUAGCUAAAACUUAUUUUAUAUAUAUAUAUAAAAAAAAAAGAAGGACUAAUGUAAUUCACAGUGCAGAAAUGUUUUCGUACUUACUAAAAGUCAUUAAUUACUGAUCUAUUGUAUUUAUAGAAUUAAAUUUUUAAAAGUGAA